AAAUGCAGACAAGCUGAUUGCCCUUUUUCUCCACUAUUAAUUUGGAUUUUCUGCAAUUUGUGUUCCCACACUAACGCUGGUUUUUAGACAUUUUCGACAUCUUUUAUAAUUCCACAAUUUUCUUUUCUUCUUGUCUUCUGGGUUCCCUCCCUCUUCUUCGGAUGAUAUAGUAGUAAUCUGGAAAAGUUUUAAGAUUUGCGAUGAAAUCUUCGACUCGGCUUGAUUCGGUUGUGUUUCAGCUCACUCCCACUCGAACCCGGUGUGAUCUGUUGGUAACAGCUAAUGGAAAGACUGAGAAAAUAGCCACAGGGUUGCUUGAUCCUUUUCUUGCUCACUUGAAGACAGCACAAGACCAAGUUUCUAAAGGUGGCUACUCAAUUAUUCUCAAGCCGCCUGAGGAUAGUGACAUUGCAGUUUGGUUCACCAAGGCAACAAUCGAAAGGUUUGUUCGAUUUGUUAGCAAUCCUGAUGUCCUAGAACGAGUAUACACUUUAGAAACUGAGAUCAAACAGAUCAGGGAAGCAAUUGGUAUCCAGAACAACUCUGAAAUAGCUUUGCCUGUUGUGGAAGAUGAUCUACGAGCAAAAAGAGCAGAAAAUACAGAAGGUAGCAGGCCUUUGCUACAGCUCAGCGAAGAGAAAGCUAUUGUACUUUACGAGCCUGGUUCACAUCCAAGGCAGGCAAAUGGAUCUACGGCAUCAGAUGAAAACUCUAAAGUUCAAGUUCUGAAAGUUAUGGAGACAAGGAGGACAAUGUUGCAGAAAGAACAAGGAAUGGCAUUUGCACGUGCUGUGGCAGCUGGUUUCGAAGUUGAUGAUAUGCUCCCUCUUAUAUCUUUCGCCAAAUCGUUUGGAGCCUCACGUUUGAUGGAUGCUUGUUUAAAAUUCAUGGACUUGUGGAAGAAAAAGCACGAAACUGGCCAGUGGGUUGAAAUCGAAGCAGCAGAAGUAAUGGCUUCGCAGGCAAACAUCUCUGCAGCAAACGACUCAGGGAUUGUGUUCGCAAAUGGUGAUGUGAAGUCUCCUUCAGAUAGUAAAGCAAAUGUGAAUCAAGAACAUGGGCAAGGGCAGCAUCCGCAGCCAAUGUAUGCACCAUGGCCAGUUCACUCUCCUCCGGGGACGUUUCCUGUAUUUCAAGGUUACGCUAUGCAGGGCAUGCCGUACUACCCGAACUAUCCUUAUCCAUCUCCCUAUCCCUCCACCGAUGAUUCUAGACGUAGUUCUGGCGGAAGAAAGGCUAAGAAACACCAUUCUUCUUGUAGCGAGGACUCAGGUUCUGAAGAUGAGGAGGACAGAGAGAAAGGAAAGUCAGGUAGGAGAAGGAAAUCAGGGAAGGUGGUGAUUCGGAAUAUAAACUACAUUAAUUCAAAGAAGCAAGAUCAUUCAGGAACAGAAUCUGAUGCCGAUGAAGGGGCGAUAGUAGAGUGUGACAAUGGUAAAGAGAGACGGACAGAGGCUGACACUGGGGAUUGGCAGGCAUUCCAAACUUUCUUAUUGCAAGAUGCUGACAGAGAAGAGCGUACCGCUGACCAUAUGAUGGAAAAGGAGGUUGCAGGGAAGAAAAGGCAAGGUGCAGGGGGAAAUGACCCUUUGGCUUAUGGUGAACGUGAGGCAGAAAAAUAUCAAGAAAGAGAUACAGCUGACAUUCAGAAUGGGACUGCGGCUCGUAAGUUCAGGGGAUCUAGUGACUCUUUUAUGGUUCGUCAGAGAGAAAAUGGUUUUGAGAAUUCUUCUGAUCCUCUCAACUUGAAUGGAUUGGAUCAUCCAAGGAAUGGUCUUGAUAAGAGAUCAUCAUUUAACAUGGAUGAUGACUCUUAUAUUGUUACUAGGGAAGCUGGAAGCAAUACGAGAAAUGCUGUAGACAUUGGAUCAGAGAUCUCUUCCUACCACCAAACUGAUGAAAAUGAAAGAAAGCAGAUCAGUUAUGAGCCUCAUGAUCUCAGCCUGAUGCCAGAACGAGAAACAGAGAAGUUAUCUGCUGGGUAUGAUCCUGCGCUGGAUUUUGGAUCCAGAGCUUUGAAGAAGAAUAACCAGGCAGCUGGAGCUGCUAAGAAGUCAGUGAGAGAUCCAAAAUCAAGACUAUCUAAUGAUGCUGCGGAUAAGAGGAAGGCUUCAGGGCCAAUACGGAAAGGAAGACCCACUAAGAUGAGCCCUUUAGAUGAAGCAAGAGCACGUGCUGACAAGCUUAGAAAUUUCAAAGCUGAUCUCCUGAUUAUGAAAAAGGAAAAGGAAGAAGAAGAGAGGAAACGCAUAGAAGCUUUGAAAAUAGCAAGGCAAAAGAGGAUUGCUUCUAAAACCAACUCAACCGGUGGCCAGUCGCAGUUGCCUGCGAGAAAAAAAUUGGUAAACAAGUUUUCUCCUGGCGCUCCUAGAGCCUCCAAGUUUAGUGACUCAGAACCAGGAUCAUUAUCACCUCUUCAACGCCUUCCCAUAAGAAGUGCUUCUCUAGGCUCAAAUGAAUCUCAGAAACUACCCAAGAGUGGUAACAAACUGAGUACCGGAAGUAAGUCAACAGUAAAUAGGCUAACAAGAUCAAUAUCACCGCUACCUCCAUCUAAGAGAGAAACAAUAGCAACGGUAAAUAGGGUAACCAGGUCGGCAUCACCGUUACCUCUGUCUAAGAGAGAAGCCAGAGUUAGUCUAGAUAGUCAAAACAAGUCUGUCUCAAGGAUAAGACGAUUAUCAGAACCCAAAAUAGGUAAUAAUAGUGCACCGAGCUCUUCAGUAAGGUCACUGCGCACAACAGCAUCCAAAAAAGCAACUGAUACUCCUGAGAUAAAGAAAAUAUCUGCUAUUGUUAACUAUGACAUAGCGAAAAUCGCUUCUCUUCCGGAACUGAAGAUAAAGACACCCAAAGGUCCUACUAAUGUUGCAGUGAAAGGGGUCGAGAAAAGUAAAUCUUCUGCUUCUGAGAUUGAACCAAGUGGUAGCAAGAACAAAUCCUUGGGCCAAAAUGAUGUUAAUGAAACUCCAGUGAUUGAGAAGACAGUGGUGAUGGUGUUGCCAAAUUCAGCUCGGAGUAUUUCUGCAGAUCAGACUAAACGUGACAAGUCAGAGGUAGUCCCUGAAACAACACCGGAGAGUGGCAAUGAUCUAGUCUUAGUUAGGUUGGAGACUCUGAGUGACUUAGUAACAGAAACACCAAAGUUUCUGACAAGUCAGAGUGUUGCUGUAAAACCAUAUGAAGCUCCACAUGCUCGAGUUUCUUCAUUAGAAGAUUCAUGCACAGUGUACUCAGAGUAUUCCCGAGCACCUGCACCAAGCGUACAUUCAAAUGAGGCAGCGCUAGAAACUGGGAAAGUCCUUGUACCAGAGAAGAAGAUAAGUGAGGCCUUAGAGAAAUCUCAAACAAAAGAGUCAGCGUCAAAAGGGCUCAGAAAACUGUUGAAAUUUGGAAAAAAGAGCCAGUCUUCUUCGUCUACAAGUGAAUACCAUACCGAGUCUGAUAACGCAGCCGGCAAUAGCAAUGAGGAUCAUGGUUCAGCUAUAACCGCUGCUACGACAAGUGAAGCUUUUACACUGAAGAACCUCAUAUCUCAAGAUGAAACACCUACAGCAGCAGCCGCUUCACAGAAAUCUUCUCGCCAUUUCUCAUUACUGUCUCCCUUCAAGAACAAGAAGACAGUCUCAUAAGGAAGUUGAGUGAAUUAGAUAUCAUCUCCAGUUACACAUUGUAAUGACUUGCGUAUUUAUGAUGAUUAUUUUGCAACCAUGUCUGCAAAAUAAACUACCAUUGAUGCAAAACACUUGGUUCCAAUUCCAAAUGCAGUGAAAUGUGACCUUUUGCACGUUUUAA